UUACCUGCCAACCCAGAGAUGAAGUAAAAAGAACCCAGCCACAGAAACCUGAUGAAACGAGAUCAGAGAAGGAACAAAGUGGAGCUACACCACAAGAGGAAGACAAAGUGGGAAAAACACAAGCUGAUGAUGGAGCUACACCACAAGAGGAAGAAAAAGUGGGAAAGACACAAGCUGAUGAUGGAGCUACACCCCAAGAGGAACAGAAAGUGGGAAAAACACAAGCUGAUGAUGGAGCUACACCCCAAGAGGAACAGAAAAUGGGAAAGACACAAGCUGAUGAUGGAGCUACACCACAAGAGGAAGAAAAAGUGGGAAAGACACAAGCUGAUGAUGGAGCUACACCCCAAGAGGAACAGAAAGUGGGAAAAACACAAGCUGAUGAUGGAGCUACACCACAAGAGGAAGAAAAAGUGGGAAAGACACAAGCUGAUGGCGAAGAUAAACCUCUGACUAUCUGGUGCAUGAAAGGGAAUUUGCAGAUCUUUGUGCAGUAUCCUGUGCUUCAUGGACAAAAGAUACUGUGCCUCCAACUUCACAAAGAGAUAGCUGUCUCAUCCUUGAAAGAGUUGAUACAUAAGAGAAUUGGUGUCAAACCCAAACUUCAGCAUCUUCAUAUCAGGAGAAAUACUCAUAAUUUUCAGCUUCAGGACUUGCUUACACUGAAUGACUGUGGAGUUCAACAAGAUCAGACUAUCUUACUCCGUCUGUCAACUGAUGGCCUGCUGGGUGGUGGACCAACAGGGGAACUGCCUGACGAAACCCUCCGUGGCAUGUCUGAAAAGAUUCCAGCACAGAAGUUGAUGAAACUUGGAAUAGAGCUGGACUUCAGGCGUUCUGAAAUCACAAAGAUUGAUGGCACCAAACGCUGCCCUGCAGAUAAAUUCUUUGAGCUGCUUAUCAGAUGGAGAAACAAGCAACCUGGUGAUGUCAAUCAGACAGAAGCUCUCUGCAAAGCAUUGAAGGAGGUUGGGGAAACAAGACUUGCUGACGACUUGGCAGGUGGUGCAUCACUCCAGUCUGGUCAACCAUCUGGUGGCAUGUCAGAGAAUCAAUCCAGUACAUCACAGCAACUGACCACACAGACUGCUGUCUCACACUCACUGACACCAGGUAGUCAACAAUAGUAGAUAUAGGCUGUACUACUUCUAUGAAUAAAAUAAUUGUCAGGGGCUGUUAACACUCAUUGCCUAAAUUUCUUAUCUACUACAUCCUUUGAUGUGCCUUACCGCAGGUACAGUAAAAGUCAGAUCCUAUGCCAAGACUGACCUACCCAACAUGAAGAAAAUGAUAUGCAUUACACAGUCAUUAAUCACCAGCCAUAUAACAGCCACAACUCACAAAACAUGAAAUAAAGCAAUACCGCUUUGUUUGUAACAUCAAACAUUUUAUUUCUACACUACAUAUACCACACAACAGAAAAUCAAAGCAGAUUUUACUGUUUUUGCUACAAGUCUGUACCAUAAGCGUUGUAGUGUUUAUACAGCAGUAUGUACAUGUGUUUUGGUUAUAUCCAGCAUUUGAUGUACAAUUGUGGCAAAGGGGUACCCCCCAUGUGAUGCACAAGCCACAUUGUAUAUACCUUAAGGCUAUUGUGCCUACUGCACAUUCCUGGAAAUCUGUAAGGAAUUCCAAAGAUUCCAUCAACACAAAAGAAGAUAAACUAGAGGGGGGUCUUCAUGUAUGAUUACUGACAAUUAUUUUACACUUCUGCUGCACAUUCACAGCCUCAGCAUGCCUUUAAAGGAUAAGUGAUUCUGUGUAGAUAGCACCAUGGGUUGUGCAGCUUUUGUCUUGACAUAAUUUUGUUUAAAAUAAAAAUGAAUUUGAAACCCAUUCAAAGACGUUUUGUAAAAAGUUUCAAUGGUGUAUACC